CACUCACUAACCACAAAGGGGUGGUGCCACAUUCUAAGCCCCGACCACAUUCCAUUUAAGAUUAUUCAAGUUUUACAAACGCGCAAAACUGCGGGAAACGCGGGAAAGCGGGGAUUUAAGACACUCUGUCGGGGAGAGCAUCAGUAUAUCCACCAUGAGAAGCGACCGGUACCGAGCCAGAACCUGCUGGAACUCCGUGUUUCUCUCCGGCCUCGUGCUCAGCCUGUUCCCCUGCGGAGGAGGCUCCUUUAGGGUGACUGUACCAUCAGCACACUUGGUCGCAGCUCGUCAGCACAGCGUAAUCCUCGGCUGUGAGUUCACCCCUAAACCCAGCCACAACCUGUCCAACCUGAUCGUCACCUGGCAGAGACAGGAGGACUCUCGGGUGGUCCACAGCUUCUACUACCUGAAAGAUCAGCUGGAACUGCAGAGCUCUGAUUACCAGAACCGGACGGCGCUGUUCUACACAGAGCUGAUGAAAGGAAACGCAUCUCUUAGGAUAUCAGAUGUGAGGCCGAGCGACGAGGGCCGGUACCAGUGCAUGGUGAGCGCGCCCGAGGGCACGGACAGAGCGCAGCUUCUACUGAACUAUGGAGCCUUUUACACAGAGCCCAGACUGAGCAUCAGCUUCAGCACGAGUGAAGUGAAGGUGCAGUAUGAAGCAGAGGGAUACCCUCAACCUGACGUGAGGUGGCUGGACACACAGGGCAAGAACCUCAGCCACAACAUGACAAUCAAAAAAGGGGAGGGACAGGAAGCAGGACUCUAUUACCUAAAGAGCAGCUAUGUGACCCAAACUUCUGCAAAAAACAUCACCUUUAUUCUGAAGAACCAACUUAUGAAUCAGGACAUUCAGAGGCACGUCAGCAUCGACUGUGCAGGUGGCUCUGCUCACAGAACAGUGCUUAUACUGGCAGUGAUCUGCAGUCUGCUCUGUGUUUUUGGCAUUCUGCUGAUAGCGUGGUUGUACUGGAAGAAGAAGUGAAUGAUAAGUGACAUACAGUUAUAACAGCUCCACAAAGAGAACAAAAUCCUAAGCGCUUCACUUGCUGGAAACACUACAAAAGACAGGUGUAUAUUAGUGGGUGUAUUCACACAGUGGAAAAAUAGUGUCAUCUAUCUUCAUAAAAAUAUUAAUAAACCCCAUAGUCAGAUAGCAUUAAGCAGUUUAAUGCUUUUGUCAGUUUGGAGAAAUCAGUGGUCUGUUUCUGUGAUUAUUCACUUAUCUGCUGAUAUACUGGAAACAUCGUCCCCCUCCUUUCCCUAGAAAUCUCUGCUGUACACAGCCACACACAUUACAGAUAACACUACAGAGUGAAGUAAGUAAAGCUACAUGAAUAAUACUUUAGUGUACUAUUUAGUACUUUAGUAUUAUUACACUACAUGCCAAGUAUUGCUGUGCAAUAUGCAUUUGCUUUUAUUUAAAUCAUACUAAUGACUAAUACUUCAUUUGUCUAAUGAUUGUGUAUUGUGUAACGAUGAUCUUUUGAAGUCAUUAUAUUAUGAUUUUUUUUAAUGUUGAUAUUUUUUUAUUAUCAUAUAUCAGAGAGCGGGGCACAAAUCUAUCAAUAUUCAAAAUUACAGGAAUUGUCAAUAUAUUUUAGUAAGGGGUGGAUGCUGAUUAUUAUUUGUGUGAAUAAACUACAUAAUGCACACAAUACACACUUCAGCACACAGAAAAAAGUAAUUCCAUUUUGGUUUUGUUAAUUAGCCUUAUGCAUGUAUUCUAACAUAACUUUAUAUAUAGUCUGUUAUAUUUUUAAAGCUAUGAAUGGUCAGUUUAAUUUGAUGCAUUAAGAGCAGGAGCAUUCAGACCGUGCUGCUCAGCAGCAUUUCCCAGGAAGUUAAAUUCCACCCCGGUUAAGUGCCUGCAGUAUAUCACAGCAGAUCAAAACAGAUUUUACAUAAUAACCGUUCUGAUCAUAUAUGAUCUUUAGCAGGUUAUGGAGGGGGCUAUGCUGUCACUCCAAAAAUGCAUAUGGAAGUUGUUGAGGUUGCGAGUGAUAGAGGGUGUGAUAGUGGGAGGGUGGGUUAAUUAGUGCAGCUAUAAAUUGGGUUUAACUGAGCUCGACUGAGCUCUUCUCUACUUUACUGCUGAUUCAAUUUAUGCUGUUACAGAAGAGUCUGUGUUUCCUGUUGGAUCAGUUUAAAAGUGUGUGUAUAUACGUUCUUUAUUUUUGUAGGUUUUUUAUUGUUAAAAAAAUGGUCAGUUUUGGUUAUGAGAUGUAUGUCUGUAGAGUCUGCUGAGAGCUAGUGAUGUAAACUAAUGUAGCUCUGAAAUGUCUACCUCAGGAUUCAAACUACCAGUUACCACUGUUUCAGCUGAUCUCUCCAGGUCAUCUAAAUACAGACCUGGUGAUUUUACUAAAAGGGAUUAUUAAGUGUUCCACAAAUUAAAAACAAUGUAGAUUCAUAGUGGAUUAGGGAUUUUCACAUCCUGAAGAAGUUAGAAUGAAGCCUUAUGAUUUGGAUUGGAUUCAAAAUUAGCAUUUAAGCAGAGUGAGUGAGACUCCACCCACAAAGAUUCAGACCGGCUGCAGCUGAAGGCUAUUUUACUUUGUUGAAGAGUAAAAUCUUUAACUUAAAAACAGAAGCCUACUGCAGUACUAAAACAUGUAUACACUCAAAACUGGCUGAGAAAAGUAAGAUACAGUUUAGACUAGGAAUAAACCGAAUAAGAUUUUGCUGAAAACAGCUUUAAAAAGCGAUUGCUGUGUUUAGAUAAAUGAUAGAGAGGUAUAUUCUUCUGGAUAGCAUUAGCAUUACAGGAAUUAUUCGAUCCUAUAACUAUCACAUUUAUUCAUAUCCCAGCAGUGUGGGUCUAAACACAACAGAGAUGAUUACAGCUGUUGAUUAUUUAUGUGAUGCAUCUUUUCUCAAAUACAGGGACAGUUUAGAAAAAUUAAGCAUGGGUGAAAGGAGCAGAUAGAUGCAAUAGUUAAUUGCAGGAUUAGCCUUAUUAGCAUUUCAAUAACUGAUCGCGCAAAUGCACGCCCAACACACAACAACCAGCAGCUAUAAACACACCUACAACGUAUUUACAGUGUUUUUUGCACUAUAAGCUGCACUUAAAAUCCUUUAAUUUUCUCAAAAAUCAUCAGAGCUCCUUAUAAUCAGGUGCUCCUUAUGUAUGAAUUCUACCAGUCAGGUAUUAAGGAGCAGUAAAGCCAGUUUCUCCAGCACCGAGACUGGAGCAGUAUUAGCAUUAGCCGCUAACCGCAGCGCUAGCUCUUUUGCUGUUCAGAGGUAACUACAUCGGACUGUAGUCUGCGCGUAUUUGUGUAGAUUAACAUCCAGCACUCUCAUUUGAAGAAUUUUUUUAAAGAAUUACAGUUUUGUUUACUUAGGCACCUUACAAUCCGUUACAAGCCCUUAUAGUCCGUAAAAAUACGGUACACACUUUAAUACAACUAACUUCCUUAAUCUCUGUGUUUUUAUUGUGUGUUGAUGUUUCUCUUUAUGAGGGUCUGUCACCCCUACAGAGCUAGCAAAGCUCAUGCAAAGAAUCUCUGUAUUUAAAAAUAUCUGGACUCUUGUCAAUUGUUGCUUCUGAAGAACUAAUGGGAACAUAUGAAGUUAUUAUGAUGUAUAUAUCCCACGUCAAACAUAGUGUUGAUCAUAAUGGUGUAUUAUAGACAUAAUGAUGUGCUUUAUGUUGCUAGAUGUAUUGAUAUAUGCACUGACUCUUGUGUCACUUUCACUCAGCAGCUAAAAGUGGCCCAAGUUUUCUUUUUAAUGUGACACAUUUCAGACAGAACAGUUCACACUCCUAAACUGAUGCUCAUGUGCUAAAGAGCAAUGCUUCACAUGAAGUUUCAGUUUCAUCUUCUCCAGCAUCACCGGAGCUAUCAAGGCUUUCCAGUUUGUACGGCUCGGCUAACCACUGAGAAUGUGUUCCAGCUCGCUGUAAAAAGGGCACUAUACAGCCACGUCCAUUUUUGUUUUUUUUAAACUUGUUUUCACUUUAUAUUUUCCUUUAACGCUGCAGCAGCUCCCUUCUGUGGCCAUGUUCGACCGUUUCUUUACGAACACAGAGUGGUUGCGAUAUCUGCCGUCCUUUUUCCUUCUCCCCACUGAAAAUGUUUCUUUGUCUUUUACUUAAAAUCUGUAUAAAACAUGACCAAUAGCCCACUUUUACCUGCUGAGUGAAUGUAGCCUUGAAGUUAACUCAAUGAAGUUAACAUUGAUUCUGGUCUCUUUUUCAUCACUGUAAUGAUAAAAAUACUUGUAUUAUCUGACUUUUAACAUAGAUGUAGUUUAAUAUUCAUUGUAAGAGUUUACAGCCUUUUUUUGUUCUAUGUCUCAUUUUCUGGGGUAUCCAGUAUUGCUAUCUAUUCACAUUGCUGCUGUCAUAAAAACUUCAACAACAGAAUCUAUAUCAAUUCAAAAUGCACCUCAUCAAGUUGCCUUAAGCAUUAGUAAUGGAUACUGGGUCAGUAAUAAUAUAACGCGUCUUGGCUAUAAUUAUUUUAAGAGGUUAAAUAACACAAUAAAAAUAUAUUUUAAAGAAGUUUCUAAUUAUUUAGUUUUCAUAAAAAUAUCAAGCUAUUUAAACCUGUUUCAGAAUUCCCUGUGCAUUCUGUCAUCUUGGGAUAACCCCGCCCCUUUAAGAAAGUAGUCUUUGAUAUCAAUGACAUCACAACCUUCACACUGUUUUAUUUUACCCUGUUAUGGUAAAAUAUCUCAGUAAUUAAAAUAAUUAUUAAAGAUUAAAAUGUAUUUUCGAAUCAAAAGAAUCGUGAGUAAUUCAGCACGUCUGCAAAUCUAGUCAAUAUAUUUUACUGAAUGCCACCCUGACGUGCAUCUUACAAUAACAGCAUGGACAAAUACAUACAAUUAAAAAUACGAUUACUGUGUUUCUUAUAAAUGUCAUAAAUAUUCAUAAAAAAAUUACAAAUCAUAAAAGUCUGAAACAAUAUUGUGAUAACGAUGCUGUAAUAAUAUGUUUACUGUUAAUGAAGAAUAUUGGAGCAUAAUGUCGCACCUUUAUUUAUGUCACCAACAGAUUAUUAAUCUCUGCAAAUAAACAUUCUGAAUGAGUUUCUGAAGUGUGUGCUGACUCUCUGCUGUGUUGUGUAAUAAAGCUCAUUCCCCUUGCGGCUUCUGUUGCCAGAAAAACAAACCCAAAAUAAUUCUGUUGGUUCUGAUGUUUCACUGAGAGAACCAACAGUGCGAUUCCAGGCUUUUUUAAGUCUCUGUUGACAUUAGGCUUAUGAGUGUUUUACUGGCAGUUCUUAUAUUAGAUUAUACAAUGUGUCUGCCUCCACUCAAUAAAACACCCAUUUCAGCAGUAAGAGCAGUGAUUUUAACCCUUUUAAGCUGUUUUCCUCAUGUAACUGUGUUUAAAGAGGAAAUCUGUUUUCUAAAAACUUUUAAAUGCAUUCUGGGGACAGGUAAAAUGUUGCAGUGAUAUAAGAACUGUGGAUUCCCUUUAAAGUUGGGUCUGUUUCUGCCAUCACUGAUGUUUUAACCAGACCUGUGCACAUUUUUUGGCUUAUUAAAACAUUACGUGCUUGGA